AGGUUUGUGUUAUGCCAACCCAAGCUGAACCUUGCACUGAGGGGUACAGCCAUAGCGACAGAGCUUCGUCGUGCCCCAGUUGAUGGAGGCAGCACUAUCGCUUCUUUACUACCUACUAUCAACAGAUCACGGCGCUGUCACCACCAUGCUGGCGACGCCGGAGAGGUCACUGCAGUGGGACUUGGAAGCAUCCGACUCUGUUUCGCCGUCAAUGACGCUUGAGAGCGCACUCUACCAUCUCUUCCAAGUCGCGCACAUUGUCAACCGCAAAGAGCAUGUCGAAGCGAUGCAAGCCCCCGACAUCAUACCUCUCACCCGCAUUUUUGAGCAAUGUUUUUCCAGAGACACAAGCUCGGCCACGAUAUUUGCGCCAGUCUCACGCCAGUGCAUGCUUCCGAAGCAUCUUUCUGGCUGGCAGCUUCGCUCUGUCGGAAACGAGCUCCUUUCAAAUGUGCUACUUACAUUGCAUCAGUUUCCGACGCUUUCGUACAACAGCCAAGUGCUGCUGACAAGCUCUAUUCUCGUGAUUGCUCGGCUUCGGCUGGGUCGAGAACGCUCAAGGACAUCGAGUCAGACAUCGCUUUGCCAGAAGCAGAGCCGCGAAGCCAAGACACCAUUGAUAGACCCAUAUAUUUGCAACCUGAUAUGUACCUUGGAGAUGAUUCAUGAAAAGUUCACCGUCUACAUCAUCGAAGACAACAUAUUGGAUGUUCAAGCCAAGAUGGAGAGAAUCAAGAGCGAUAUCGGCUCUGGGCCCAUCAACAGCCGCCAACCGACCGAGAGACAGCAUAGUCGGAAAGGAGAUGCGCCGCAUUUGUCGGCCCUGCCCACCGUUCGACCGUCGGACCUGCAGAGUUCCGAGACGAGACAGCCACCUCGACCGGUGGUGCCGACACCUUCGGGCCGUGGCCGGCGCUCCUCGUUCUUUGUCCGUCGCCCGCCUCGUACCCACGAAAACGAAACCAAGGUCCUGCGCUCAUGUUUGGUCCUCCGUGAGUUUGCCGUUGAGCUUUCGGAAGUUCUGUUCAUCAAUCAGCGAGCCAGCAACUUCAUGCCGGAGGACGAUUCGGUUGAUUGGUAGGCUGUGACUGUAGUAUCGAAAGUUGGUUGGUCCAGCCCGAAGCGCCCGUGCUCGACUCUUCCGGGCAAAGCGAGGUGCGAAGGAGCGUCUGGCCCAUCACCCUGAUUACUCCACGACGUCACCAAUGAGAAAUUAAGACAGGUGGUAUUCGCUCUUAUGAAAAUAGAACUCGUG